AUGAAAGGAGAAACCAUUACUCUACACGGGCGAUCCUAUGCCAUCCCUCAACUGCCCACCGUCGUUGUCUGUGUGGAUGGAUUCGAUCCCGAGUAUCUAGAGCGUGGUCUUUCCGAUGGCAUUCUCCCAAAUCUCGCACAGUUUGUGCAGAAAGGCUUUCAUGCCACUGCCAAAUCAUGCAUGCCCUCAUUUACCAACCCCAACAAUGUCUCCAUCAUCACGGGCCAGCCUCCCUCGGUUCACGGCAUUGCGGGCAACUUCUUUCUGGACCGUACCACCGGCAAAGAGACCAUGAUCAAGGACGACUCGCUGCUCCGCGGGUCAACCAUUUUGGAACAAAUGUCUGCAAAGGGUGUCCGCGUUGCCGCAAUCACAGCCAAGGACAAAUUGCGCCGCAUCCUCGCGCAUGGCUUGCAGCUCAACAGCGGAGGCAUUUGUUUCUCGUCCGAGGCGGCCGACCAAUGUACACUCUCAGAAAAUGGCAUUGAGGGGGUUGAAGAGUGGAUCGGUCGUAAAGCGCCCACCCAGUACUCUGGUGAUCUGUCCCUCUUUGUGCUCGAUGCGGGAAUCAAACUCCUGGAAGAGAAACGUGCCGACCUAUUCUAUCUAACUCUGUCAGAUUACAUUCAGCAUAAGCACGGUCCAGGGGCUCCUGAAGCCAAUGAGUUUCUUUCGGCACUCGAUGAACGCAUCGGAAGACUCGUCGAGCUAGGUGCCGUGGUCGGUGUGACAGGGGACCAUGGAAUGAGCAGCAAGUGCAACGACGACGGCGUCCCCAAUAUCUUGUUCUUGGAGGAUGCCCUAGUCAACAAAUGGGGUCUGGGGAGCGCAAGAGUCAUCUGCCCCAUUACUGACCCGUUUGUGAAACACCACGGAGCUCUUGGUUCUUUUGUAAGAGUUUAUGUACGAGAACCAGGCAACAUAAGCGAGAUGAUUGACUUUUGCAAGUCUCUCUCACAAGUCGAGCUGGUUCUUAAUGCGGAGGAGGCGGCUAGAGAGCUCAGUCAACCAGUUGACAGAGAAGGCGAUUUCGUGGUUGUUUCUCAAAAGAAUGCGGUUAUAGGGAGCCGACAAGACGAGCACGACCUGUCAAUGAUUGGAGACCAUCCGCUGAGGUCUCACGGGGGCCUCUCGGAGCAAGACGUCCCAUUGCUUCUGUCUCGUCCUAUUUCAGAUGAUAGUAAACUGCGCUGCAAGGCGGGCUGGAGAAACUUUCAUGUGUUCGACUUGGUGUUGAAUGCAUAA